AUGUUCCUUCUUGGCAGGUACAAGAAGCAAGUCCAUCAUCAGAUCCUAUCACCAGCUGCUGAUCCCAUCAAGGAGAAUGAGGGAUGGCAGGGUGUAAAUGAGGGUGAACUGCCAAAUAUCCAUAUGGAGCAUUCAACCCCCCAUAAAGCGACAAUGGAUGACAACAGAAGACAUCAUGGGCUGGCUUAUCCUGAGCUAGUUGACAAAAACCAAGUUGCACUGCAGUCUCUACUAACAGUGGCUGGGAAUUGCAGUGUACACGCCAUUAAAGAAUGUCUUCAAACUGAUGCACAGUAUGCUGCUCACCUUGCUAGUUUAGUGGAGCCACGCAUUCCAUUAUUGUGCCGUGACCUUAAAGUUGCCAUGUGCACCAACAUUGAUACUUACUUUCGGCUCAGCAAUAAUGUGGUCAAGGCAAAGAAAUUGAUGGAGCAGCAUGCAUAUAUCUAUGCAUUGAAGUUUGAUUUGAAUGAUGAUGCUUUACCCAUAGGCAAAACACCCUACCAGGGUGACCUGCUGAUCUUUCUCAUAUAUGAGGCAGUCUUCAGUGGUGCAAAGUCUAUCGGCAUCAAGUUUGUCAAGCACUUUGCCAAACUGGCAAAUAACAAGGGCAAUCGUCCUGAAUGCCCCAUUCCAUUACUCACACUUGUGGCAACAGUGGUCUAUGCAGCCCUUUUCUGGAAGAGACUUGGCUCACCAGGGAAGUUUAACUUAACAGGGAAUCAAUUCAGUGAGACGUAUGUGUUUCAUGUCAAGUUCCUUGAGGACUUGAAGCGGGAUGCACCAGGAAAGUUUCAUUGCAUGAUGGCUGAUAUUUAUGAAGCUGUACAGUAA